CGUAUCACAAGAAGUACUUAACACAAAAAUGAAGAAGAGCAUACACUCUACAAACUACUUUAGUACAACAAAUCAUCUCUCCACCUCACUUCCGCCUCUCUCCUUCCCCAUUUCCUUCAUUUUCUCUCCCUUCGGAUCCUUUCGGAUCCAUCCUUCAGCCAUUAUCAAUCACCCCAAGCUUUCUCUUUCUAACAACCUUUUUUAACAACAAAACCUACAGCUUCUUUUCGAGCGGAUUAUUUUACCAAAUUUCCGUUUAUUGGAUUUAGAAUCCGACAUUCAAGAAAGCUUCGAAAGGGAGAGAAAAAUGGAGUCAGUUGGGGCAAGUGAUGGAAGUGGAGGAGGAAAGAGGAAGAUAGAAGACGCGGUUGAACUUGCCAAGCAAAAAGCUCAAGCCAUCGCUGCUCGUCUUCUUAGCGGCGCUGAUCCUAAACGUCCGAGGACCCUUUCAGAUUCUUCUUCUACUCCGCCUGACUUCUCUUCUCCUUCUUUCGCUUCUUCUCACUCUUCUUUUCCUGUGUCUUAUUCAACUCAAACAAAUCAGUACAAUGGUAUACCAAGCAGCAAGAAAAUCCGUAUUCCAAAUGCUAAGGUAGGUGUUAUUAUUGGAAGAGGAGGGGAGAUGAUUAAAAAUCUUCAAUUAGAAUCUGGUGCAAAAAUCCAGAUAACUAGGGAUGCGGAUGCUGAUCUGCAUUGCGCGACAAGGGAUGUCGAAUUGAUGGGUACACAAGAGCAGAUUAGCAGAGCAGAACAGCGAAUAAAUGAAGUAAUUGCUGAGACAGAUGCAACAAGCUCUGCCUCAUCUGGAAUGAGAGGCCCUCCUCCACCACAUGCUGGAGGUGAACAAUUUGUAAUGAAAGUUCCAAAUGACAAGGUUGCUUUGGUGAUUGGGAAAGGAGGCGAGACUAUAAAAACGAUGCAAAGCAAGUCUGGAGCUCGUAUUCAGGUAGUUCCGCUUCACCUUCCUCCCGGUGAUACCUCGACAGAAAGAAAUAUCUACAUAAAUGGUACAAAGGAGCAGAUUGAUACUGCUAAAGAGUUGGUUGAUGAAGUUAUUAGUGGGAACCGUUUGAAAGUAUUGUCUGGUUCUGACACAUACCAGCAGCCUGGUUAUCCUCCUAGCUCUGGUUGGGGAUCUCAGGGUCCACCAUCUGGACAACAGCCGCCUGCAUAUGGCUACACACAGCCUGGAUCAUAUAGUAUGCCACCUGCUUCUUAUUACAGUGGCUACCCCCCGCAGCAAACUGCUUGGGACCAAUCAGCUUCUGCACCACAGCAGCAGCAUACUGGUUACAAUGCAUAUGGGCAAGCUCAAACACCAGCUUCAGCUACCCCAAAUGCUAACUACAAUUACGGCCAGAUGCCACCAGCUGCAGGCUACAAUUACAAUCAAGGAUACUCUCAACAGCCACCGAUUUAUGGACAAGAUGUCACAGGACAGGCUGCUUCUGAUCAGGCGAAAGCGUACACAAAUUCUGCUUAUGGUCCACCAGCCACAUCUUCGCAACUAGACGGAUCUACUGCUGUCCAAACUUCUCAGCCAGGUUACGGAACCCCAGCUGUACAACCUGAUGGAACAACCCAAUCUCAGCCCCCACCUGCAUAUGCGACGAGUUACAGUCAGCCCGCAGCCGCACCUACUAAUGGUUAUGGUGCUUAUCCAAGUUAUUCUGGUGCACCGUACAAUCAGCCAGCUUAUCCAAGUUAUUCUCAGACUGGUUAUGGACAGCAGCAAGAAAGUCAAGUUGCAAGCCAGGCAUCUUACUCCUAUUAUGGACAAAGUGGGUAUCCUCCAUCUCAAGCACCUACACAAGCAGGUUAUUAUCAAGGAUAUCCUCCAGCUGUUCCGCCACCACAAGCGCCUUCUCAAACACAGGCACAAGCAACUAAUGGUGGAGACUCUGCUACUGGGUCUGCUUCUGCUGGUGCUGCUUCCGAGGAAAAUGAAAAUCCCCAAAGUUGACAUUACAGCUUAUAAGGGUAACCUAUGUUUGCAACCGUGCAAUUAAUGUAGUAAUUUUCUGUCUCUUGGAAGUUUCUUUCAACUAAACCCUCCCUUCUGUUACAAUUUGGCUUAGACUUGGAGAUGCUUGAACGCUUUUUGAGUUUUGACGUUUAAAGUUAGUUUUAUGUGAUAUUGAUUAGCACAUCUCCUGUGCGUUGAUGAA